GGAGAAUAUCCCAGCAAUUCUACCCGCACGCCACCCCUCUGUCGUCUUCUUCCGACUGCCAUCAACAGUCAUUAGUCACACAAGUAAGAGAACCAAAUCCCCAUAGCCUAAUAAAUUGUUGCAACCAGGAAACUUCGUCAUCAUUUUCAAUGAAUCUUAAUAUCUGAUGGAGAUAUUAGAUCCAAUAACAAUCAACCCUUUCCAUAUCAAUUUCAUGCUAGUCGAUUUGUAGCCUGUUUGUCACAGGCCCACCUCCCAUCCCAACCUUCUUCACAUCUGCUAGUGAGACCUUCAUCAAUGAUAAAAUAUACAUGGAUUUUGGGGUAGUCACCAAAAGGUUGAGAAAAGAGAGGGAGGAAGAUAAAAGAGAGGGAGCCCUAAACCAGAGCGGCGGUGCGGGGUAGGCUUGUUGGGGUGGGCUGUGGUUUUUUUUUUUUCUUUUUUUUUUCAAUGUUUAUUUUCUUAAUUUUAUUUUCAAGGGUAAAAAUUAGGUUAAAGUCUAGUUGUAAAAUAAAAUUUGAGCACAUGGCAUAUUUUGAAUGGGAGUAUCAUUAGCAAUACAGAUCGUCUGGGAGAGGGUUUCAGAAGUUUCAGCGAUGAUUGGUAAGUGUUCCUACAAUUGACCAAUUAAACAGAAGUAUAUCAUUCCUGAAAUUCUGUGUGAUAGUUGUUGACAGACAGUGAGUAUUUGCUGUAUUUUUCUCUAUGUACCAAUAUUGUCGAGGCAUCCGCCUCUUGAGUUCAACUUCAACGAGCGGGAGAAUCCACUGGGAUCCAACUGUUGCCCUCGAACUCAAUCACCCAACUCUUAUAUUGCUCGAAAAAUGCAGGACAAGGUACCAUUUCAAACAGAUUUUGGGGCAGAUGAUGAGGACCUGUCUAAUUGGUCAGACAUUUCCCAUGAGCAGGCUUCUCACAUUCUCAGCCAUCUCACACCCUCAUAAUUUAGACAUGGCUAUCCUUCUUUUCAAUCACUAUACUCCUAAUCCCAAUCUUUACAUUUAUAAUUCUAUGAUUUCUGCUUUAUCUUUCUCUAAAAGCCAACCGUUUGCCGUAUACAAUUCCAUGCUCCACUCUGGUAUAUGCCCAGAUAAACACACCCUUCUUUACUUACUCCAAGCGUCCACAUGCGUAUCAGAGGCAAAGCAGCUCCACAGCCAUGCCGUUGUUACAGGUUUGUUGUCACAUGCAUACCUGCAGAACACCCUCACCAAGAUAUAUCUGGAAGAAGGACAAAUGGGGCUUGCUUGCCAGGUUUUCCGUGAUGUGCCAACACCAGAUCCAGUCUUAUUCAAUAUCAUGAUUGUUGGUUAUGCCAAGAUGGGAUAUUGUUCUGAAGCUCUUCAACUGUUCUAUGAAAUGGUGGGUUUGGGUCUUAAGCCUGACGAGUUUACCAUUUUAGGACUUCUUAUAUCUUGUGGACUAUUAGGAGAUUCCCGACUGGGAAUGUCUGUUCAUGCAUGGAUUGAGAGGAGGAAAGCCAUCACUUCUUCAAAUUUGAUCUUGGGUAAUGCUCUUUUAAACAUGUAUGUGAAAUGGAAUAAAUUGGAGCUUGCUCAAAGUAUCUUUAAUGCUUUAGUGGAUAAGGAUAUCGUGUCAUGGAACACCAUGACUGCAGGAUAUGCCAAGGUUGGCAAAUUAGAACUUGCCCGCACUUAUUUCAAGCAAAUGCCUAGAAGAGAUCUUGUUUCUUGGAAUUUAUUAAUUGCUGGCUAUGCCAAGAAGGGUGAUUACACGAUGGCAGUGAAGGUAUUCAACAACAUGAUUAGGGUGAAUGUGAGGCCUGACAAUAUCACUCUGGUUAAUUUGGUCUCUGCUGCAGCGGAAAUUGGAGCACUAGACCAAGGAAAACGGAUUCAUGGCUUGAUUGUGAGGAUGCAGUUGAAAAUAGAUGUGUUUUUGGGUUCAGCAUUAAUAGACAUGUACUGCAAGGCUGGAAGUAUUGAAAGAGCCUUCAUGGUCUUCAGGGGACUGACAGAGAAAGAUGUUACCAUAUGGACGACAAUGAUCACUGGAUUUGGAUUCCAUGGUGACGGAAACAAAUCUCUGGAUCUGUUUUCUGAGAUGCAGAGAGUUUUAUUGCCAAAUGGGGUGACUCUUGUUGCCGUUCUUACAGCUUGUAGUCAUAGUGGACUUGUGGAUGAAGGGCUAAAUAUAUUCAACAAUAUGAAGAAUAAUUUUGAUAUCGAACCAGGAGUUGAGCACUAUGGGUGUCUAGUGGAUCUUUUAUGUCGAUCGGGGAGAUUGGUAGAGGCAAAAGCUGUGAUUGAAAAGAUGCCAAUGAAGCCAAGUCGAAACAUCUGGGGAGCAAUGCUGAGUGCUUGUAGAGCUCUUGGAGACAUGGAACUAGCUGAAAUAGCUUCAGCAGAGCUACUCAAGUUAGAGCCUGAGAAAGACGGAGGAUACAUUUUGAUGUCUAAUAUGUAUGCUGCUUGUGGGAGGUGGAGCUACUCAGAUAAGAUUAGAGAAAUAAUGGAAAUCAGGGGAGUGAAGAAGACCGCAGGUUGCAGUAGUGUAAUUGUUGAUGGAGUUAUCCAUGACUUUGUUGUUGCAGAUAAACGGCAUCCAAGAUGGGUCGACAUCUUUCUUGUUUUGCACUGUCUGAAAAGUGAAAUGAAGUUGGACGCUGAUCUCUUGACAAUGUUGCUGGAACCAUGUUGAUUUUAGACUUUGAGGAGCCUUAUUUUUUACGUUGAUGUAGAGAUUGCAUUGCAUAUUUCUAGUUAUGUAAAUAUCAAACUCUUAUGUGCUAUUAUUUGUUGAAUCUUACAUAUUCUUCUGCGUAUUCUGUGUGUUCUUUUCUGGA